AUGCAAGGAGGAAUCAGACGUAAAAAUGAUCUGCUGCCCAGAUACCGGGCACAGAGCGGUGGAAAUGGCAAGAACUCGUUCCUGACCACGCCUAUGAAAAAGGCCAUUAUCUACUUGAUCAUGCUAGCAGCAGUGUUUUUCGCAGUACAAACACUUGUUGCGGAGAGCAAGGCGCCACAAGUGAGCUAUGAACUGGAAGAUUCGGGGAAAAACACCGACUUAGCCGGAAAAACAAACGAGAAGGGUGGUCUUCUGGACGCGGCACAAAAACUGGCGUCUUCAGAAGCUCAAAACGCUCAGAACAAGCCACAGUCAGGCGUAAAAGUGCCGAAAGAGAAGUUCAACAACGAAGUCGCCAUGCAACAGGAGGUGAAAAAUCUCGAAGAGCACGAACAGGAAUACCAAAAGUCGAAAAACCCAGCUUCCAAGGACAGCAAGCAAGGCGUCGGCAGCGACGUCAAGGCCGAUAAACAGCAACCAGGGUACCUGAAUGAAGCUCCUGUGGACGAGCAGGCAAAGAAAAUCAACGACAAGGCGCCUUACAAGAAGACUGACGCCUCCAAGCAAGUCGACAAUUCGAAAUCCGGCAAAAAAGUGGUCAACAAAGCAGCAGCCACCGCAGACGAAACCAAGUAG